AUGUACAUGAAGAAGCAAAAGUGGGACCCGGCAUUAUUUGACAUGUUUGGACUGCCCUACAAGGCUACAGCACGUGAGAUUAUUGAGAUUGAAUACUACUACUACUACAGAAGAGUGCAUGUAACAAUUCAGGAUUCUGAAUCCACUCCUCCAAGAAUCACAUCCAACGUCAAACAAAACCUCCGCUUCCUAAAGCUAUGGAAGGUUGCAGCUUUAAAGGAGGAUGGUUGCCCCAAAGUCUGGGUAGUCACUUCUGAUCACUGUCAUCAGCAAGCAGCACAUGGAGCUGGAGCCUUUAUUUGGAGUUGCAAGGCAUUGGUUACUGAGAUCAAGGCAUCACAAAAGGAGGUUGAAAGGAUGCUUCAAGAGCAAAGAUCCACUUCUUUUCAAGGUAGAUUAUUGAAGCACAAUCUUGAUGCAGAAGUAGUGGAUGCUCUGAAGGACCUGAGGCAAAAAUUAUCUGAAAAUGAGUUGAAGUAAAAUAUCAGUAAUCUGUUUUGCAGACCAAACUUUGGAAAUACCCUGCUCGAUAGCCAACAAGGUUCAUCAAAUGUGAAAGACCCUGCCCCAAAAAUUGACAAGCAUCCCAGUUUGAGGCCAUCACUGACCAUUUGUUAUUUGCCUAUUUUAUAGUAAUCACAAUUACUUUCGUUUGUACAAGCGAAGACAACCAGCGCUCUGAAGUAUAGUACAUUUUUUUAAAAUUAUAUUUUUCUAUGUGUACAAGUGUAAUAUGUAUUAGUUUAAAUUGUAUUCAUUGUGAAUUUUUUUAAAUAGCAAUAAAUAAAGAAGUGCCUCGUGAUUGUA